UUCAUUGCUUAGUCGGUGGUUAAUGGUCGUAACGAACAUUACAUCCUUCGCAAAGGAGAACACAAAAAAUAAUUGAACAAAAGAAAAUUUCAACCACAGAAAAUUUUUGUUUUUUAAUGAAAAUAAAUUAAAGAAAAAUUAUUCAUUAUUGAUUUUAAUAAAAAGAUUGAAAAACACGAAAAGGAAAUAAAGAUUUCAACAACAUCAGUGUUUAAAAAGUGCAAUUAUUUCUUAAAAAAAUUUAAAGUGAGAAAGAAAAAAUUGUUAAAAAAUUAAAUGUUUUUGUAAAAUCCAAAAGAAUUUGGUUUGAAAAUAAAAAAAUUAAGAAAUUGUGUAUAAAAAAUAAACAUCUACUUGAUAUAUUAUAAUGAUGACCACAACUGCACCUCAUGCUAUAAUGGCUCCCGUAAUACGCCCUCUACAAGAAAGUCCGGUCUCGCGGCCACGUGCUGUCUACAGCAUUGAUCAAAUUUUGGGAAAUCAAACUAAACGAAGUGAUUCUUCAGAAUCAUUAAACCAACAAACAUCUCAUCACAUUACCAACAACAACAAUGGCAACAGCAAUCCAACUAGUCCCAUACAAACCUCAUUAUUACCGCACUUACACACCCAUUUACAUUUGAUACCCUCGCAUCAAUUGGCUUUACAUCAUCAGCAUUUACAACAGCAACAUCAGCAGCAGCAGCAACAACAGCAACAUUUAAACAAUAAUCAUCUGCAACAGCAACAUCUUCAGCACCAACAACAGCAGCAGCAUCAACAACAAUCGCAACAGCAAUCACAUGCCGAAAAACGUGAACGUGAAGAUUCUCCCGACAAUUUAGACAAUGGCCUGGAUGUUGAUAAUACCGACGAUGAUCUGUCGAAUAGUCUAAAUAAUGGUCAUGAUAUGGGUGAUAUGGAAAGGCCACGUAAAGUUAGAAGAUCACGCACCACCUUUACAACAUUUCAAUUACAUCAAUUGGAGCGGGCAUUUGAAAAGACUCAAUAUCCGGAUGUAUUUACAAGGGAAGAUUUGGCGAUGCGCUUGGAUUUAAGUGAAGCACGUGUACAGGUUUGGUUCCAAAAUCGUCGUGCCAAGUGGCGUAAGCGUGAGAAAUUCAUGAAUCAAGAUAAGAAUGGUUAUUUACUACCCGAACAAGGUCUCGCCGACUUCCCCCUGGGCAUACCAUUGCCACAUGGCAUUCCCGGCCAUCCUGGCGGUUUGCCAGCCGAAUUUUGGCCACCCCACUUUGCCUUACAUCAGCCUUUCAAUCCCGCUCUGUUGCCCCAAGGUCUCAUGCCCCACUACAAAUUGCCAAAUUUCCACACAUUACUCUCCCAGUACAUGGGUCUAAGUAAUUUGAAUGGAAUCUUCAAUGCCAGCGCCUAUCCCCAGAAUCUCUCUCUGCACAGUACUGCCCAAGUAAGUCCGCCCUGCAGUAACAGUAGUCCACGAGAAAGUCCCACAAUUGGUGCUGGCCAACCCGGCACCACAAUAGUAUCGGGGGGUGUGACGCUGACAUCCUCGGCUGCAGCUUCACCCAAAUCGCCACUGAAUACCACCAACACUGGCAGUGUUAGCGGUAACUCCACACCCGUGUCAGUGGUUACAAAAUCCGAAGACUGAAAUUAAUGCAAAAUGGAAUUUCACCCAGAAAACAUCCACGAAAAUAGCCCCAGGCGCAGCUAAAUGGACAUUACACACUCACACACCAAUUGUUUGGUUCUCCAGAGAACUGCAUUUUCUUGUAAAUAAACCAAUUAAAGUUGUUUUGUUUUUUAAAUACUUUUUUUCUAAUUUCAUAAUAUUUUGUAAAGUAGUAAAACAAAAGUGAUAUAAACUAGACGAUAAUUAAUUCUUUCUUUUUAAAAUUAUUUUUUCCAUUCCCAUAAUUUUAUAUCA